AUGCAUCUGCAGGUCCUUGCGCGGGAGCUCGAGUCAACCAAGGAUCUCACAAUCUCUUCCGCCUUGAGUUUCGGAGGAGUUUUCGAUGCACCCAUUACCCUUGGCCAGGCGUCAAUAGAUGUCGUCAACUCCUCCCCAGAGUAUCUUGUGGUUGAGGCAGCAUGGAAGGAAGCAAAACGGGAUUGCACAGAGAGGUUUGGGAGCGUAGCAGCAGCGCGUCGAGCCAAAGCUACAUCGUCUUUACAGAGGGACUAUAUUUGUGCAGAUAACAAGAAACACGCCAGGUAG